UUGGCUGAACCAAAGUGACGAAACAUUAUUUUGAUGCUGUAGCUUCCACCAACAUGGCUGAAACCAGUGAAACGCAACGUGGGCCAGGGAACCCAAGUAGUGAAGUAAUAACUGAGAACAAUAAUUUACGGUUUGAUUCCAGCGACGAUGAGGCUCCAGAAGAAGUGAAUUUUGAGGAUUCCAAAAGGUCUGCUUUGCAGAGCGUAAAAGACGCAUUGGAGGCGAGCAGAAGAGACAAAAAGACAUUGAAAGAAAAGCGAAGAAGGAAGCAAGAGCUCUUUUUGGAACAAAAGAAACGAAGACUUCUUCCUGAAGACGUUUUGGAGGAAAUUGAUGCAACACCAAUAAGACACGAUGCCAUCCCAUGCAUUGCAGGAAAUGAGGUGGAGAAAGAAAAAGCAAUGGAUUCAAGUGAUAUGAAACCGAUUAAAGAAAAAGCACGAAGUUUACAGGCAAAUUGUAGUGUAACAACAGUGAAGCACCAGAUUACAGCCAGUACACAUCAGAAAGUGGCCAUGGACUUUGUUCAGUCUCGAUUCUAUGGACAAGGAACUCGGCGGGCAACAAACAACGAACUUCUUUCACUCAAUAAUAAGAAAGGGGCCAACAAAGGUGCUGCAUUCCAGUUUGCUAAUACAAAACUGAGUACUGUGGAGAGGGCAAAGGCUGAGAAGGGCAACAAGAGGUGGCUGCACAAGAACAAGCUCAUCAGCACAUGAAUAUGGCAGGAGGACAAGACCAAACCCAGAGGAGCAGGAAAAGCACCAAAUUUGGGAUUGGGGUCUACUCACAGACCUCUAGGGGAGGACUCAGGCCUGACAUAUCUUGGCUGACUUUCCAGUUGCUGGAUAGAAUUUUCAGCUUUUCAACUGUACAUCUUUGUCUUCUUUAUGAGGACUUGGUUGUGCCUCAUAAAUAAUAGAGCUUGUUAAAAUGA